AUGACGGUACCUAAGACGGUCAAAGAUAUCCAAAGCCUUACAGGGCGUGUCGCAGCCCUGACCAGAUUUAUCUCCAAAGCCACUGACCGCUGCGCCCCAUUCUUCAAGGCCCUUAAAGGCACCAAAAGAAACAUCACCUGGACUGCUGAAUGCGACACGGCUUUCAGCGAGCUCAAAGAGUAUAUGGGCCGGGCCCCUUUAUUGUCAACCCCUGAGCACGGAGACAUCCACGUGAUUUAUCUCUCCAUUUCAGCUUCGGCUGUUAGCUCUGUGCUCAUCCGAUCAAAGGAUAACGCGGAACACCCAGUGCAUUAUGUUAGUAAAGCAUUGCAAGAUGCCGAAGUUCGGUACCCAGACAUCGAAAAAUUGGCGUUCGCCCUGGUCGUCUCGGCAAGACGCCUCCGACCAUAUUUCCAAGCUCACACCAUCUAUGUCUUAACCAACCAACCACUCGGACAGGUGUUGCAGAACCCAGAAACUUCUGGGAGGCUGGUCAAAUGGGCCAUUGAACUGGGCGAGUUUGAUAUUCAUUACAAACCCCGCCCGGCUAUGAGGGGCCAGGCCGUUGCUGACUUCCUAUCCGAAUUCACGAAUCCCCAAGCUUCCGCAGCUACCCAACUCAUAACCGAACCCAAUCCCCCUCCCAGCCAGGACCAAACCCCCACCGAAGGCAAUCUCGACCUAACCCAGCCCCUGUGGACCUUAUUCGUAGACGGCUCUUCUAAUGCCCAGGGCUGUGGGGCCGGCCUCGUUCUCAUCUCCCUAGACAAGGUUGCCCUCGAGUACGCCCUUCGCUUCAAAUUCCAAGCCUCCAACAAUGAGGCCGAAUAUGAAGCACUCUUAGCUGGUCUUCGUUUAGCCAAAGAGAUGGACGCCAGACAAAUUCUGAUAUUCAGCGAUUCACAACUCGUGGUCCACCAGGUCAACCAGGACUUCACGGCUAAGGAUGCCUCUAUGACGGCCUACCUCCAGCACGCUCGGCACUUGCUGGCGACCUUCCACGCCCACUCUAUCAAGCAAGUGCCGCGCUCCGAGAAUAGCCAUGCCGAUGCACUAGCCAGGUUGGCAUCAGCCUUGGAGCAAGGAAUGGGUCGCCACAUCCACAUCGAGUUUUUAGCCCAGCCCAGCACACAAGCCCCACUCAUCUGCACUAUUGAUCACAGCCCUACAUGGAUGGACCCCAUCCUCCAGUUCUUACAGAACCAAACACUACCGGCUAAUCCGGCAGAAGCACGACGCGUUCGCCAUCGCUCUGCCCGUUACCUGAUCAUUAACGGCUCCUUAUACAAUCGGGGUUUCAGCCUUCCUUACCUCCGAUUCCUGACUCCAGAGGAGGGUCACUAUGUCCUCCGAGAAAUCCAUGAAGGCAUAUGCGGUAACCACUCGGGCACCCGCUCGCUGGCCCAUAAAGGCAAUCCGCCAAGGAUACUUCUGGCCAUCGCUCCACACUGA